CUCAUGAGUUUCACAAACCGGCUCACAAAACCAGUUCCGCCGCAUCAAAAAACCAGGGAUUCUGAUGAGCGGUGUCAACUCUCUCUCUCUCAAGCACACAGUGCAAGAGAUUUCUCUCAAGUCUCUAUUUGUUUAUUCUCCAUGUCACCUAUAUAUACAUCCACAAAAAAUCAGACCCAAAUCAUCAGAGUUUUUACAGCAAAUUUCAGCUGGGAGAGAGAGAGAGAGUUUGUGUUUGGUUUUGGUUUCAAUAUGUGUAUCCAUAAUUCCAUAUCAGUUUAGAAAUGGGUGGCACUGCUGGUCAAGUGAUAAGUUUGCAGAAUGGCACAUAUGUGAAUGAGUUCUGGAUAUUGGUCUUCUGGAUUAUUGUUUUGUAAUUAGUGGGAGUUGCAGCUGCUGUUGCAUGGGAAGCGGGGAAGCCAUUGGUGAUAGAGGAGGUGGAGGUGGCUCCUCCUCAGGCCAUGGAAGUCAGGCUCAAGAUCCUAUUCACUUCUCUUUGCCACACUGAUGUCGAUUUCUGGGAGGCCAAGGGGCAAAAGCCAUUGUUCCCUCGCAUAUUCGGCCAUGAAGCAGGCGGGGUUGUGGAGAGUGUUGGUGAAGGUGUGACAGAGCUAAAGCCAGGGGACCAUGUCCUUCCUGUCUUUACUGGUGAAUGCAAAAAGUGUGCUCACUGCAAAUCCGAGGAAAGCAACAUGUGUGACAUUCUCCGAAUCAACACUGACCGAGGAGUGAUGCUUAACGAUGGAAAAUCACAAUUUUCAAUUAAUGGGAGGCCAAUUCACCACUUUGUUGGAACUUCAACCUUCAGGGAGUACACAGUUGUCCAUGUAGGAUGUGUGGCAAAGAUCAAUCCCCGUGCACCUCUUGAUAAAGUCUGUGUUCCUACCUGUGGCAUUUGACUGGUCUAGGUGCAACUUUGAAUGUUGCAAAACCUCCCAGAGGAUCAUCAGUGGCUGUUUUUGGACUGGGUGCUGUAUGCUCUCUGUCUCUCAUUUUUUGUCUGAAUUGUUGUUGCUUGUAUGCUGCUAAAGGGGCAACAAUUGCAGGUGCCUCAAGAAUAAUUGGUAUUGAUGUGAACCCUAGAAGAUUUCAUGAAGGAGAUAAACAGUAUAAAUUAAGACUGUGAUGGAUUUUCUUGGCCAUGUUUCUGUUUUCUCUAUCACCACUUACUCUUUUGUUAUACAGCAAAGAAGUUUGGCGUUACUGAGUUUGUGAAUCCGAAUGACUAUGAUCGAUCAGUGCAACAGGUACCCUCCUCAACACAAUCGUUUACUUGAUACCUUGUUUAAUUUGAACUCCUCACACAAUUAUGAUUAAGGAUUAUAUCUUCUUCAAGUUUUUCAGAUUAUUCAGUCGGCUCAUGUAUUGGGCACUCACGGAGGAUCUUUUUAAAUUUUCCUUACAGUUGGAACUAUUAAGAGUUGAACUGUUAUUUGGAUGUCGAUAGGUAAUUGCAGAGACGACUACUGGUGGAGUGGACCGUAGUGUUGAAUGCACUGAGAAUAUUGAUGCUAUGAUUGCUGCAUUCAAAUGUAUUCAUGAUAUAUGUUGCCCAUCUCCUAUGAAUUGGGCUCCCAUGAUAUCUAUUGUGUGUAUUUGUGACAGAGAGAGAGAGAGAGAGAGGCGAGCAUAUACAUCAAAUUUCGAUGGAUGGCACUUGAACUAUAAAGAUUGAUGCAUAUUACUGUUGUCUUUGUUAUCGGGGAUGGGGUGUCACUGUGCUUCUUGGUGUACGUCACAAAGAUGUUAUCUUUAAGACACAUCCUGUGAGUUCUCAAUCAAAGGACACUAAGGGCGUGUUUGAUAACUGGAAACAAGUUCAUGAACUGUAAGUUAGAAGUUUUUGAAGAACUCUAAAUUAGAAGUUCCUUAAGAAGUUCAUAGUUUCUGUGUUUGAUAACCUCUCUAGGAAGUUAAAAAGUACAUAGUUUAUGUGUUGGAUAAGUCUUGG